AUGGUUCAAGAUGCGGACGGGAAGCAUGGUGGGGCGAAUGGAGGGGCUGCGAGCGCGAGCAAGAACGAAGAGCAAACGGAGAGUACGCAGAACACGCAGUAUGAUCAGAUUGGAUCCAGGUAUCUGGACAUUAAGUUGUUACCGGCUGCCGAGCCUGAGGUGCCGAGUAUACUUGCUGCGUUAGGAGAGGGUGGCGUGAGGGGGUUCAAAUGUCUUGACCUAGCAUGCGGCACAGGAAAAUACACGCACCUCCUCGCCACCCUCGGCGCAACCAGCGUAACAGGCCACGACAUCUCCCCAACCAUGAUAGCCAGCGCCCUCACCACCUACCCACCCACCCAGUACCCAACCCUCCACUUCAGCGUCCAAGACUGCAGCAUCCCCUCCUCCCUCCCCCCGCCCACCCACACAUACGACCUCGUCUUCUCCGCCUGGCUCCUCAACUACGCCGGCUCCGAGUCCGAACUGACCAACAUGUUCCGCGUAGCCGAACGCCAGAUGGUCCAGGGCGCGAGAUUCGUCGCACUGACGACCAAUGCGCAUGAUCCGCUCAUGGCGACGCCGAAACGUGCGUUCUACGGCCUUGACGUCCUGGUUCUGGACCCGGCGUACGUAGCACCUGACACGCGCGAGGUGGUGGGGAUUCAGGCAAGGGUGCAGGUUGGCGGAGGGACGGAGCGGGGCGGGUUCGAGUUUGAUGUUUUUCAGUUUAGGAAGGAGGUUUAUGAGAGGUGUGCGGGGAGGGCUGGAUUGGAGGUAGCGUGGAGGGAAGCGGUGGUGCCGGAUGAUGAGAGGAAGGGGGUGGGGUAUUGGGAUGAGUGGGUUACGAGGCCCACGUUUGCUAUGUUGGAGGCGAGGAGGGUGGGGGAGGGAGAGGCAGGUGAUGGGUAG